AUGAGCCCCAUCUUUGCAGGCAGCGUGGCAGUGGACCAGAGCAUGUUUGAGAACGCCAGCGCGGCACCCACCCCGCGGCCGCGGCACGUCCCCGCCGCGGCGGGCACCCUGCCACAGCCCUCCCGCCCCGCCGGCAGCCAGCACCUCCGCAACCUGGGCAAGGCCAUGGGGGCCAAGGUGAAUGACCUCCUGCGCCGCAAGGAGCCGGCCGGCCUCCCCAGUGUGGGAGUGAUGGAGGUGAACGCCAGCGCUGGGGCCAUGCUGGGCACGGGACAGCCGGCUAGCGAGGACGGGGCUGUGGGGCUGGAUGCCUUUCCCCGGCUGGACCCCCCGCCCCCCGUUACCAAGAAGCGGACGCCACGCGCCCUGAAGACCCCGCAGGACAUGCUCAUCGCGCCGCAGCCGGCGGGGACCAGCCCGAGGAGCAGCACGCAGGAGCUCCCCGAACAGCCUGCAGCCCACCCUGACCCUGCAGAGGAGCAGCCGGGGAUGAGGGACCUGUCCCCUCCAGAAUGCCCUGGGGUCCCCAGCAUGACCAGCAUCCCAGACCCCAGUGGGGACCAGCCCACCGGUGCCCUUCCCGUGCCCGACCUCAUCCAUAAGGGCAGCCUGGAGAGCCAGUGGCGAGCGGGCGAGAGGGCUACCGAGACCUCACCCCACGUGGAGAAGCCCCCCCGGAGACCAGGGCUGGAGCACGAGCCACCGGGGAUCAUGGCACAGCCAGACCCACGUACCCCCAGCUGGGAGGUGGAGGGGCCCCAUCCUGACCUACUGUCCUUUGAGUAG